CAAAAUGAUGAAAAUUGUGAUGGUUAUUUUCGUGACGUGUGUAAAUCAGGUACUUUCGCAUCACUGCGGAUCCAUGGAAACCUGCAUGAAAAAUGUCUCGAGCUUGGAGACGCAAGCUUCCAAUUUCAUAAAUAAUUACUUGGAUAAACAUGAUGCCAACUUGACGAGACGUCACGCUGACAUCCAGGCCAAAUUUAAAGAGUUCAAUGAUCAGGUCGACGGAGGACUGAAUGAGUGCAAGUCAUUUGCAAACAGCUUUCAUGAGAAACUUUCGAAGUCCUGCGGAAUCCUGGAAUUAACCAACGAUACAGCCGUCCACGAUGCUAAAGAAUACAUCGAUAAACAGCCUAUUGAUUUUCUGUACAGUAGCAGCUUCACGGACGAGGAUAAGAAAGAGAUGUGUCCGCAUUUAGUCAAAUACUACAACUUCGUGUGCGAUCGCGUGGUUUACGAUGUCGAAACAUACUUGAGCUGCGACAUCAACGAUAAAGUCAACUCUGUAUUCGAAGCACCUUGGAAGCACUGCAUAAGCACUUUCAAGCAGUGAAUGCCGUUGAAAUAAAAAAAUAUAUCUUUAAA